GCAAUCUUUUCUCACAAAUUAAGGAAACCCUCUUAACCAGGCUCAUCAAUGGCUUCCCUUCUCUAUGCUACUUUCAUGUUAAUUGCCUUCCUCUCAUCUUCUGCUGUAUGCUUUGCUUUUCCAGGCUUCAACUUUGGAUGGGGUGGCACUGGUGGUGGUAGUGGCAGCGGUGGUGGUGGAGAUGGGGCUUUUGGCGGCAGCCAAGGGUAUACUGGUCUUUUCCCAGAAUUCUACAGUUUCUCAUGUCCUCAAGCUAAUGACAUUGUCAUGUCAGUCCUUCAGAGGGUCAUUGCCAAAGAGCCAAGAAUGGCUGCUUCUUUACUAAGGCUUCAUUUUCAUGAUUGUUUUGUUCAGGGAUGUGAUGCAUCUGUGUUGUUGGAUGAUAGUGUAAUGUUUGCGAGUGAAAAGAACUCCGUGCCAAAUAGUAAUUCGAUUAGAGGAUUUGAAGUGAUCGAUGAGAUCAAGUCUAAGCUGGAAGAAGCAUGUCCUCAGACGGUUUCUUGUGCGGAUAUUCUUGCCCUUGCUGCUCGAGGUUCCACUGUUCUAAGUGGUGGACCGAACUGGGAACUACCGUUAGGAAGGAGGGAUUCUAGACAAGCAAGUCUCACGGACUCAAACAACAACCUUCCUCCACCGAACUCUACCAUUCAAAUCCUUAUAACACUUUUCCGGCGCCAAGGCCUUGAUGAAGUUGACCUUGUCUCUCUUUCUGGAGCUCAUACAAUAGGAAUGGCUAGAUGCACUGCAUUUAAGCAAAGGCUAUACAAUCAAGAUGGCAACGAUCAACCAGAUUCAACUCUAGAGAGAACAUACUACAAUGACUUGAAAACGGUUUGCCCAAAAACCGGUGGGGAUAACAACAUUUCUCCUCUAGAUUUUGAUUCUCCUGCAAGAUUCGAUAACAUAUAUUUCAAGCUCAUUAUGGGGGGAAAAGGACUUCUAACUUCUGAUCAAGUGCUUCUGGCUGGAAAUGUUGAAGGAACCAUGUUUCUGGUGAAGGCAUUUGCCGAAGAUGAUGCCCUCUUCUUCGACCAGUUUGCUAGGUCAAUGGUUAAAAUGGGAAAUAUUAAUCCCCUCACUGGUUAUAACGGUGAAGUGAGGAACAACUGUCGAGUGGCUAACUAACUAUAACUAUAAAAUUCUUGAGUUGUAUGAUAUGGGUUAAUGCAAGUGCUAGAUCUAUUUCCUUGUAAUUCUGAAAACCCUAGU